GAGCUCAACACUCCCUGUGACUGACUCCCUGCACCUCUGUAAAUUUCGCAAUUCAGUGGAUUAUUAUUAUGUUUCCGAGAUAAUAAAUCUUUUAAAUAGAUCAUGUUGUACAUAUGUACAAAUUUUAUUUUUUGUAACUUUCCCUGUUGUUUUGCCGAGCCUGUACCUACUGCUCUCUAAUACACGGCAGCAUUAAUCCCAGCAGACGAUUUUCUUCAUUUGGCUAUACUGGUCAAUUUCAAAUGUAAGAAGCUCUUUCAGACCCGAAUAGGUUGGACAACUGACAACUCUUCAAGGAAACAGCAGAGAAUGAACUUCCUGCUUUUGUACAAAUUUAAAUUAGCAAUGCAAGAACUUAAACCCAGAAUUUAAUAUUACGUCUGAAUGUCAGGACUUAAUUGUUUGAAAUUGGAUAUACAGUGAACAGUUAAUUGGAAGUAUGUCUCCCCUGUACAACAAUUUGCAAAACAGAAACUGUUGGCAUGUACAUUAAUCAGAUGAUUAAACGGCAGUAUCUGUUUACUGAUUGGGUUAACUAAGUGCUUUUGCUCCACCUCUAGUUAAUGCAAAUACAAUUUUACAUAUCACUUCAGGGCGGAGAUGUACUGAGUUUGCAACGAGAUGGAUUACAAAUAACCUAACUUGUACGCCAGGUAGAAUUUUCUGUCUUCAGCAGCAGAUCUGGAAUUUACUGUUAACGUCAAGAAGCUCCUGAAAUAGGCAUCAAACAAUACAACUGGAGUACUUUAUGUGAGAGAACUUUAGGAUGUAUAAUUUGUUCACUGAAUUCUGACUGCUGUGUUUUUUUUUAAACUGCUUGACAAUAUAGUUUUAAUGAAAUCUAGUAAGAAAAUGGUUACAGGCAGGGAUAACCCAACGUUCGAAUUUACUGAAGAUCCAACUCGGCACCAAAAGUCAACAACUGACGCCGAAUCCAUUCAAGAAAGCGCAAAAUCAACUGAAGAAUUUGAGGAAGGACCAUGUGGCUGGGGAACAUUUACCUCAGAUUGCAUUCAACGAUGUAACAACCCAAAAGGAUAUUUAUUAUGUUACAGUCUGCUAGCUGUUGUUCAAGGUGCUCUGGUGAAUGGCCUAGUCAAUGUCAACCUCUCCACGAUCGAAAAGCGAUACAACUUGUCCAGCUCCUACGCAGGAUUGAUUUCUACUGGCUAUGAUAUCUCCUUCUGCGCCUUAUGUCUCUUUAUCUCGUAUUAUGGACAAAAGGGACACAAACCACGGUGGUUGGCCUUUUCAGCUUUUAUGCUUGGAUUGGGAUCUUUAGUGUUUAGUCUUCCGCAUUUCAGUAGUGGCCUCUAUAAUCAUGGUGCUCAAGUGAGAGAUAUCUGUAGAUUUUCCAAUGGCAAUUCCACCGGAGAAGACUGCAAUACCUCUAAAGCAUCCAAUUUUCUGUUUCUGUUUCUUCUGGGACAAUUGUUGCAUGGAGUUGGAGGAACCCCUUUGUACACACUGGGAACAGCUUACAUCGAUGACAGUGUUCCGAAUGAUAAAACUUCCCUUUAUAUCGGUAUUGGAAGUGGCAUGUCAGUUCUGGGCCCAGCCUUUGGAUAUACUUUAGGUGGUCAGAUACUGGACAUCUAUAUUGAUUUCGAUCAUGUUUCCAAUGUUGAAUUAGAAUCAGAUGAUUCUCGAUGGCUUGGUGCUUGGUGGAUUGGGUUUAUUGUGUGUUGGAUACUUUCCUGGUGUAUGAUUAUACCUCUGACUUGCUUCCCAAAACAUCUACCAGGCACAGAAAAAGUACAACGUGAAAAGGUUUCUGAGGCCCACAGUAAUGUAGCUUCAUUAAUUUUAAUAAGCGGACAUUUUGGAAAAGGUUUUAAGGACUUCAUCACGGUAUUGAUGAAAAUGUUGAACAAUUCGGUUUUCAUGUGCUUAGUUGUAGCAAGCUGCACUGAAGGUCUAGUGAUCACAGGCUUUGUGACAUUUUUACCAAAAUUCAUUGAAAAUCAGUUUAGCCAAACUGCUAGCCUAGCAGCAAUCGUUGGAGGAGCAACACUUAUUCCUGGAGCAUUUAUUGGUCAGAUUUCCAGUGGGAUCAUUAUAUCCAAGCUGAAAUUCCUUUGUGGAAGUAUGAUUAAGAUGGCUAUAGCCACAACUGUCAUAUCACUGCUCUUCGCAUCUGUUUUCAUUUUUAGUUCUUGUGUAAAUAAUCCAUUUGCCGGAGUCAACCAGAACUAUUAUCCCAACAAGACGACAGGGCACAUUAAACUUGAGGCACCCUGUAAUGCUGGCUGUCACUGUCACCAUGUCUUUAAUCCAAUCUGUGGUGUCGAUCACGUCCAAUAUUUUUCUGGAUGCUAUGCCGGUUGUAUGAAUACAACGAUAAAAGAUAAUCGUCAUAUUUAUGAGGGCUGUUCUUGUAUCCCCCAAAAUAACCUUGGUUUUGAUGCAAAUGGAGGGAAAUGUGAUGCUACAUGUAAUCACAUGCCCAUGUUUUUGGGAUUAUUUUUGUUCACUGUUGUUUUUACAUUCAUGACAAGCACGGCAAUUACAACGGCAGUUCUCAGGUGUGUUCCAAGUAGCCAACGCUCGUUUUCAUUAGGAAUUAAUUGGGUCUUUGUACGGCUCCUAGGUGCCAUUCCAGGACCGAUUAUUUUUGGUACAGUGAUUGAUAAAUCCUGUGUCCUAUGGAAUGAAGAUGAUUGUGGCAAUCGGGGUGCAUGCUGGACCUAUGACAACCCAAAAAUGGCUCUCUUAUUCAUAGCAAUUGGUACAACUUGCAAAGUGAUCACCAUUAUCGCACUUGCUGCAGCUCAUUUCCUAUAUAAACCUCCAACAGGAGUUACAACUAUUUCACAUGUGUCUAACAGGCUGAACUCAAGAUGAGGAUUUGAGGACAACCAAAAUAUUGCUUUGAUUGAUUAAUGAAUUGUGAUGACUGAACCAAUAAGUCUGCGCAAAAAUGAAUAUAAAACAACUUUGUAUGAGAAACUAAAUGACUGUAUAUUUUAAAUAUAUAACAAAUUUCCACAUUUAAUGCCCUGCACAGGAAAAUGUAUCUUUACCACAAGCAAAUAUAUUGAUUUAUGAUGUUCCUUGGAUCAAUUAUUUACAUCUGAUUGAGAGCCAAGGUUUAUUAAAUCUUGUUGACAUUGUAUUUUUUUGGUUAAACACAAAAACUGCAUGUAAAAAAAAGUCUGCAUUUUGCUUUAUAGAAUAGAAAAGCAUGGGGAAUACUGAUAUUGUGCUAUCGGUAAGCUUGGAGAAGUCCUAUUGAUGGUUUUUGUAGAAUGGGUGACAUAUAGCCUCUGCCAAAAAUAACAUUUAAAAAAUAUCUCCAUAUGGAAUAAUCAUGAGUCCUUCAACAACUUAAAAGUACAACACUAGAACAAAUUGACAUUGUAUUUUAAUGCUUACAUCUUCUCUGUGUAUCAGCAUGACUUCACAUCAUCUUUGACUUGACUUCUGCAGGAAAAUGCAAAAUUUGAAAGCAAUUUAAUUAAUUGUUUCCAACAUCCCACACAUUUAAUAACACAAGUUUAAUUACCACUUCUUGGAUUACUUUACCUAAUAUUCUCCUGUACAAUUUUUAACCUUUGCUGUGCUUUGUGCUAUACGUCAUGAACUUGUACGCAAGCAGACCAAAGAAUUUCUGAACUUCAGAAUCUCAAGCUGUGUUCAAUUGAUUUUAUGAAUAGUAUCAAACCCGAUGAGUUGGAUGUGGGAGAAUGCAAGAAAAAUUGCCCCAACCGUUGCAUUGUCUUCAUGACAAGUGCGCAUGUAUGUGUGUUUUUAAGAGGUUCUCCCAACUCUGUUGUAUCCUCACACAUGGGAAAGAGGUGUUUGGUAAGGUACUGCAGAGCUACCACUGCUUCUCCAGUGAUACAUGGGCAUAAGGUAAUUGUUUUCCUCAAAAAGAUGAAAGAAAGAAAAACAAAUAAAUACAUUUAUUAGAUCCUGCUACAAGCUCAGUAAUAUAGAAACUGAAUUAAUCAAUGGAAUGUUGUUUUGUAGGUUUAAUUUGCCCAUCCUGUUGAGCAUUUGAGCUCAGGCAUGUUUCUCAUGCAGAAACAUCAGUCAUACAAUCCUAACCUAGGCAGAAGACAGAAACUGGACAAAAUAAUUGUUGCUUAUCUCCCAUAAAUCUACAAUGAACUAAAUAAAAGUUGUAUGAGUGAAAAGUCUGGGAGCAGAUUAGUGUCCUGUCCUCUCCGUUACAGUUGAUUAAGAUUGAAAGGAAGUACAUCCAAAAUUCCAUCAUUCUUCGCCAUGAGGAACUAACUUUAAUUGAGAUGGCCAACUUUACCCAUCUAUGGAAUGUUACCAAGUCCAAAGCCAACCUGUAAGAGAAGGUAUACUUGUGCCACAUGAGUUUGCUUUUAUGAAACUAUCAAAUUAAGUAAAUCAAACUAGCAGACAUUUAAUAGUGAAAUUAGGUCCGUACUUUUAAUUGCCUAAAUGCCGGUGUUAAACCUCCACAACAUAUUGGGGGAAAAUGUUAUCUUUUAUAGCUAAAGCUGCUAAGCAUUAAGCCUCAGCAUGAGAGUGCCUACCGUACUCACCGCACACAUUUUAUUCAUUUACUUCAAUCUAACCAAAUGUGCAGAGAAUAGAACACAACCAGCAGUUGAUAGUCUACAGCAUUUAGCUCAAGACACCAAAUAUGUAUUCAGUUCAUAUGUGGAAAAGCCUUUGGUCGUUAGCAUGGAGCAUUCUUGGUCAUCGAAUGCUGUUAUACAUGAAUAUAUUGAAGCACUUUGCAAAACUGUUCCAUUGGAGUUAUCACUAAUCAUUUGUGUUUUCUUUUCCAUGUAUUCAUAAAUUGAAAAUAGAACGCAUGCACAAGUCUGUAAAUAUACAAAA